CGCAGGGGAUGAGGUCCCUUUCCAACAUAAAAAUCUCUCUUCUUCAAAAGCGCACAAACCCAUUUCUUAACUACCUCCACCGUCCGUUACAGAUGGCAUCAACUAUCUCCCCCGUCUCCCUUAUCUCCUCCACUACAUCUUCCUCCACAUUCCCAUUAAAAUUCAAUUUUCCCGCCAAAUCCCCCUCAACGGUCAAUUUUCGCGCCAACCCUCUCACCGCCGCCAACGCCGCCGCUUCAGGAAAAGAUCGCGUCUUGGGAAGAAGAGGACUGGUAUUUACACUUACAACCACACUGCCAUUGCUUCUUCCUUUCUCUGAAUGCAUAGAGGCCUUUGCUGCGAAGGCGGUAGAGUCGGAUAUAAGUGAAUAUGAGCUUGUGAAGGAGGAAAUUAGGAAGGUGGUGACCAAGGGUAAGGCUGCUGGUGUGCUUCGUUUGGUGUUUCAUGAUGCAGGGACCUUUCAAGUUGAUGAGAAUUCAGGUGGUAUGAAUGGUUCUGUCAUUUACGAACUUGAUAGACCAGAAAAUAAAGGUCUUAAAAGUCCUUUCAAGAUUCUAGAGAAAGCAAAGAGUGAGGUGGAUACAGUACAACCAGUGUCUUGGGCAGACAUGAUUUCUGUGGCUGGAGCUGAAGCAGUUUCAAUAUGUGGAGGUCCAACAAUCCAAGUUUCGUUGGGCAGACUAGAUUCAAAGGAGCCUGAUCCUGAAGGAAAACUUCCUGCAGAAUCUCUGGAUGCCUUUGCUCUGAGGCAAAGCUUUCAAACAAAAGGCUUUUCAACUCAAGAACUUGUUGCUCUGUCAGGAGCUCAUACCAUUGGAAAUAAAGGUUUCGGAAGUCCAACAGUUUUUGACAAUACAUACUUCAAAAUUCUGCUUGAGAAACCAUCUUCCGGUAGUAUGAUUGGGCUUCCUUCAGAUCGUGCACUUGCCAAGGAUGGUGAAUGCUUAAGAUGGAUCACAAAGUAUGCUGAGGACCAGGACGUUUUCUUUGAAGAUUUCAAGAAGGCUUAUGUCAAACUAGUGAAUUCAGGAGCCAGGUGGAAGAGCUUGUGAAAUAAUUGCAGAAGCAACAUAAUGCCUAUCAUGCAGAAAUGGAACACAGUACAGAUCAAGAAGUGAUGAAUAUUGGGCAAUCAGAACCUCAUAUAAACUGUUCAAAGCGUAAGCGGGCUCGGGCCUGCUGAGGGUAGGUUGGGCUUGAGCUGCCAGCAUUAAUCAAAUGAUUAGCUGACAGGUAAGGAAGGUGACCCCAGGCAAGACUUUAUAUUGCAUAAUUAACAUGUCAUCAAAUAAUUCAGGUACGACCUUGAUGUACAAUCAGUAAAAUGUUUACUUGGUUUAGGCGCUUGAAGCACAAAAAGAAUGAAUUUUUGGACCAGAAGUGUAGCUGUAUGAUGUGAGAAGGUCUAGGUUAUA